AUAAGCUCGAUACUGUCUUUCCCUCUGCAAAUUCGCAGAAUACAGUGAUGAACUCAAAGGCGCGGUUACUCUCUUCGUUAACAAAAUUCCCUUUUCAUAAUCUUCAUCAUUAUCGUACAAUAGCCAAAGUCCGCUUAAAAUGGGUUAAAAACCGCUCACUGGAUCACAUUAUCGACGUCCAAACCGACAUUAAGGCUGCUUGCCUUAUAAAAGAUGCCAUACUCCGCUCUCCCGCCGGCUACUUAACCUCAAAAUCACUUUUGGAUUCUCAAAAGCUGCUGGGUCUCACCGUCCCAACCCUCCGCUUCAUCCGGAGGUAUCCCACGCUUUUCGAGGAGUACCCUCAUCCCAAGUACCCCUCUUUGGCGUGUUUCAAGUUGACCCAGUUGGGAAAUAUGAUGCAAGAGAAGGAAAUUAGAGUGUUUGAGGAGUGCGAAGGUGAUAUCGUGGAGCGGCUUUGCAGGGUUCUGAUGAUGACGAGGAAUAAAUUGCUGCCGUUGCAAUCUUUGCAUCCAUUGAAAUGGGACUUAGGACUGCCAGAUGAUUACGACAAAAGCCUAAUUAGAAAGUAUCCAGAUCUUUUUCGGUUGGUCAAGGCAACUAAUGGAUUGAAUUGCUUGAAGCUUGUCGAGUGGCGGGAAGAAUUUUCUGUUUCUAUGUUGCAGAAGCUGAAUGAGAAGAGUAUAGGUGGGAGCAUUGAUGACAACAAUGCCAUAUCUGGUUAUAGGGAAUUCAAGAGGGGAAAGGCAGCAUUAGAGUUUCCGAUGAGUUUCCCAAGGGGUUAUGGGGCACAGAAGAAGGUGAGAGCAUGGAUGGAUGAGUUUCAAAAGUUGCCUUACAUUUCUCCCUAUGAGGAUUCAAUGGGAAUUGACCCAAAUAGUGAGCUUAUGGAGAAAAGGGUUGUUGGGGUGUUGCAUGAGCUUUUAAGCUUGACCAUUUACAAAAAGACUAAAAGAAAUUACUUGAGGAGUUUGAGAGAAGAAUUAAAUCUUCCUCACAAGUUUACUCGUAUAUUUACAAGAUACCCUGGGAUAUUUUAUCUUUCACUUAAAUGCAAGACUACAACUGUGGCAUUGAGAGAGGGUUAUCGCCGUGGUAGACUAGUUGAUCCACAUCCUCUUGCUCGCCACAGGGAUAAACUUCACUACGUAAUGAGAACUGGGUUAAUUUAUCGAAGCAAAGCUGCAGACAUGUUACCUCAUCUUGACAGUUUAGUUGAUAAUGCAGAAGACCAAGGAGGAGAAGAAGAAAGCGAUGAAGAAGAAAUCAUAGUGGGUGAUGAAUAUAAUGAUUCAGAGGCUGAAAGUGGUUCUGAUGAGGACUAGCGGUUGAUUUAACUGUAGACGAAAUUAUUUGUGCCAGUAGUAGAAGCGUAUGAGCUCCUGAGGUAGGAAAAUAUAAUUGAAUUAUUAUGGUAAUUCAGUAUUUGAUGGUUUUUUUC